AUAGUCUCUCAUGUGCUAUACCCAAAGCAUUUGACAUCAUGCACAACACUGCUGCUGUCGAUGUCUGAGAGAGCAGAACCCCGGCUCUCACCAGGCGGAUCAGAAAGCUGAUGCAUCGCAGUCACGUCAUCACGCAUCCUUCCUCAUCACCUGACUUUCGUACUUUCUGACUGCCGCACACAGUCCAGUCCAGUACCCGAUGCAAUGGACAGCAGCGCUUGGGGAUAUGAUCUCGAUACUCAGCGCCCAUGCUCUCUCUCUUCGGGCCCCAUUCGAGGAUGUCCCAAGGAUGGCAAGGCGCAUAGAUGCCACCACCACCCACCACCUCAUGGUCCCUUUGAGACGGGACCUUAAAAUCCCAAACAGGUAUCCUGACACAUCUCUCUAUUCUCCAUUGAAACGCGUUCUUCAUGGAUGGACUCAGCAGCUUCUUCUUCUUCUUCUCGAGAACGCCAUACUGCCGGAUACCCUUACGAUUCGCACACUCAAACAUUCCUCCCGCCAUCAGGCACGAGCUACCUACCGUGUCCAAAUCAUACUGCUAGGCUCACAUCUCACCAAGUGCCCGAAUACACCGCCUGCUCACACCCUCAAUUAAUCGCUUCAUCAUCAAUAUUUAGGCGUGCUCAGGUCAGAUCGACCGUCAAAGCACCACCAGAUGAUCCCGGCGCCAAACGAGGACGGGAGCGCUUCCAGC